AGACGUACUUUCAUACCCAAGGCUACGCGAGCGCCAGCAUGGACCGCCACGACGACAAAGAGCAUCACGACGGCCGCGAACACGACCGCUCGGCGAGUCCCGGGGUCGACGAAGACACCUUCUCCGCGAAGGGCAGCUCCUCGCCCGAGCGCAACUCUUCCAGUCACAGUGGAGGGCCCAUCGAAAUCCACGACGAAAAGCGCAAGCCACCGGCCGAACAACCGUUAGACUUCUCCCUCAAGAGCAGAGCCGCGUCCUCCUGCUGUUCCUCGCCCACGUCCUCCGAAGAGGACAGAAGGAUGUCCCCCCCGAACCACAGCGUGUUCAGCGUCGCCCCCUCUAACCUGCUCAGGCCGCUACCGUGGAAUGCUCCUGAGAUCCACCAUCCCAACCCGCUCGUGGUAACACCGAGCACGUCCACGGCGGCCAUUUCGACGCCACCCCCGGAAAUCCCGUUCAAGGUCAACGGCUAUUCGAACGGAUUCGGCACGUUUUGCGACAGCAUCAUGCCUUUCAUGCCGUCCCUGCCGUCGCCUCCGGCUUGCGGGCUUUUCGACAACGCGCCGGCACCCCCUCUGGUCAGACCGCCGCCUUCCCAGCAAGCGGCGUUCCCGUCCAUGUCGCUUCUACCGCCGGCUACAACGCAGGGUAGCCCGCCAUCGAGCGUCUCGCCGACGACGCCCAAGUACGUACGGCCUUUCAAGGCGUACCAGCGGGGAGAGCGACUCAGCCUGGGCAUUUGCGGCAUUACCGGCUCGUACUUGCCGUCCGCAGCUACAGCGUUGGCGCCUGGUUUCGCCAUAGCCGACCCGUCGCUCGACCCGAAGUUCGCGGCAUUCCGCGAGCACUGUCUGCGAGACGGCACCCGCAACGGUCGCCACGACGCGCACAGGCGGUCCAAGACGACGCCCGUUCCUGCAUCGGCCACGUGCCAGACAGACACGUCUUCUCAUCCGUCGCUCGGCAACGGCAACGUGACGCGACGCCCGGACAGCGGUGACGACGGCGACCGCACGUCGCCGGAUAACAGCAACUCGUCGACGGCGACCGUCACCAACGGGGUCGAGUCCGCCGCGAAAGAGUCCAACGGCGAGGCUACCAGGAACGGACGAGGAGCCCUCUGCAACGGAGCCGCGGACGGCUCCUCGCCUCCGAACGGUGACGCUACCAGCAGCUGCGGUCCCAUUCGCAACGGACGGCGACGGUCUCGGCUGCCCGACAACGAGAAGGACAGCGCGUACUGGGAACGACGCCGCAAGAACAACGAGGCUGCCAAAAGGUCCCGGGAUGCUCGCCGGGCCAAGGAAGACGAGAUCGCCCUCCGAGCCGCUUACCUCGAGACCCAGAACGCGCAGCUGCUGUACGAGCUCGCCAAGACACGCGCGGAGUUGACACUGCUGCGUCAAGCCUUGUGCGCCGCCGUCUCCAACCAGCAACAUCAGUAGCAGCGGGUUUUGCGAUUUGGACGCCCGAGCACCCACGCGGCUCCCGUCCCGCAAGACGUUCGACUCGUGGUGGCUCGUGCCAAGUGAUGAAGGUCAUGCGAUAUAACUUGUCCCCUCAGCGUUCACGUUGUCAAGCCUCAAUAGGCCCACUUGGCGUCGCCGUCACAUGGUUCUCCAUAAGGA